AUGCUUGUCAAGUCGAGUCUCGCCCUCGCCGCGUUCGCGGCCCAUGUUCUUGCAGCUGCUGUGCCGCAGCCCUAUGGAGACGACUCCCACGAUUAUAUCGUGGUAGGCGGCGGUACCGCCGGUGUCGCCGUGGCUGCCCGCUUGAGCGAGGGACUCCCUGACUCGAAGAUCCUCCUCAUCGAGGCCGGUCCCGCGGCGUGGGAUGAGCCCAAGAUCAAUGUCCCCGGCAUGAAGGGUUCGACGUUGGCUACCAAGUACGACUGGAACUUCACGACCGUAGCGCAGCCAAAUGUCAACAAUCGGGUAUUCUCCGUGAACCGUGGCAAGGUCCUCGGAGGCAGCUCCGCUCUGAACCUGAUGUCCUAUGACCGGUCUGCCUCCGCCGAGUAUGACAGCUGGGAAGCCCUCGGCAACCCCGGGUGGAACUGGGAGACCAUGAUUGCCGCGAUGAAGAAGUCCGAGAACUUCACCGGCAUCAACACGGACACCUACGGCUCCGAGGGCGUUGGAGACAGCGGUCCCGUCAAGGCCGUCAUCAACCGCAUUAUUCCCGAGCAUCAGAACUCAUGGAUCCCGACGAUGAAUGCCCUCGGCAUCAAGACGAACCUGGAGUCUCUCGGAGGAAACCCGCUGGGUGUCAUGUAUCAGCCCAGCAGCAUCGACCCCACGCACUACAACCGCUCUUACAGUGCUAACGCCUACGUUCCCAUUGCUGGAUCCAACUUGGAGAUCCUGUCCGACACAACCGUGGCAAAGGUAAACCUCGAGAAGGUUGGCAAUGAGCAGCAAGCUACCGGAGUUACCCUUCAGGACGGCACCGUUAUCACAGCCAACAAGGAAGUUAUCUUGUCAGCCGGUUCCAUCCAGAGUCCCGGGCUACUUGAGCUGUCCGGAAUCGGCCAGGCCUCUGUCCUCAGCUCCGCCGGCGUCGACCAAGUCAUCGACCUCCCGGGCGUGGGUGAAAACCUGCAGGACCACCUCCGCAUUCAGAGCUCGUACCAGCUGAAGCCGGAGUACACCUCCUUCGACAUCCUGCGCAGCAACGCCACCUUCGCCGCCGAACAGCUGGCCCUCUGGAACGCCGGCCAAGUCUCUCUGUACGACUACACCGGCAGCGGUUACACCUUCACCACGUGGGCGCAAGCCCUCGGCAACGACUCGCGAAUGGUCUCCCUCGCCAAGGAAGCCGCCGGCGAGGACCCCAGCAAGGUCGACCAGAAGAAGCUCGAGUUCAUGACCGACGCGACCAUCCCCCAGCUCGAGGUCAUCUUCUCCGACGGAUACACCGGCGUGAAGGGAUACCCGGCCGCCGCCUCGCCUCUGUUCGGCAAGGGCUUCUUCACCCUCAUCGCCGCCAUCAUGCACCCCAUGAGCCGCGGCAACAUCCACAUCAACCCCGCUGACGCGACCGGCAAGCCCAUCAUCAACCCGAACUACUUUGCCCACGAGCACGAUCUCGAGGCUGCUAUCCAGGCCAUCAAGUACUGCCGCAAGAUCGCGACUACGGAGCCCAUGAGGUCCAUUUGGGAGAGCGAGUACGAGCCCGGUCUGGAUGCUGUCCAAACUGAUGCGCAGUGGAAGGAGUUCGCUCUCAACACCACGCUGAGCAUCUUCCACCCCGUCGGAACUUGCUCCAUGCUGCCGAAGGAGGACGGCGGUGUUGUUGACUCCGACUUGAAGGUUUACGGCACUUUCAACCUGCGUGUUGUUGAUGCUAGUAUUAUCCCGCUGCUCGUUUCUGCCCACGUUCAGACUGCUGUUUACGGCAUUGCCGAGAUCGCGGCUGAGCGUAUCAUUGCCGAUGCUAAGCAGUGA